UUGAUCUGAUGUGUCAAAAAAUUUUCAAUCGUUGUUCGUGUCGUUCUCGUCGUUCGUUGACUUGACAGCAGAAGCAGAAAAAGAAAAGGUUUUUCGCCUUCGUGUUCUCGUUUCGUCUUUCGUCGUAGUCGUCGUCGUUUCGUUUGCAAAAGAAAACCAAGAAAAAAAAGAUAAAGAAAAAGAACAAUUCCUCCGAAAAUUAAACUAAUUUACUGAAAAACUCAUUUAACUUCUCACCAAACCACCAGAAAAAUGUCUUUCGCCGAGAAAAUUGCUACACUUAUGGCCCGACCAGGUCAAACAGACCAACAGCAGAGCCAAAGCGCUGAUGUUCCUUGGUUUAUGCGGUACGGAGCACCUCUGCUCGGAACAAUAGGAGCAUUCUUUUCCAUAUUGUUUGGCUUCUACAAUACCCUGGGACUUCUGACAUUAAAUUUCAUGUGCUUGGUCGCCGGAGCGCUACAAAUAGUCAUAGGCUUCUUUAUAUUAGCCGUAGAAGCGCCGUGUUGUUGUUUCUUCAUCGAACAUGCAAAGAUAUUUGCAACAACAGCUGAUAGCCGGCCUUUAUGGAAUCGGGCGGCUUGUUAUUGCGCCCUUGCUGUUAUUCCAUUGAUCAUGUGCUUUGGCUUAGGAAGCUUAUUCCCAGGUUUAUUGAUUUUUGGAACUGGAACAAUAUACGGAAUGAUGUCACUUGGUAAAAAAGCAUCAGCGGAAGAAAUGCGUAACGCAGCAAUGAAUUCUGGCUUCUCCGGUGUAACAGCAACAACACCAACAUCAAAUGAUCGUGCCAGUAUCGUGAAAAAUGCACAACCAUUUUCGUUCACCGGUGCCGUAGGUACUGAUAGCAAUGUGUGAUAACAAAAUAAGAAUAAUUAUUUAAAAAAAAAAUAACUAACAUUUAACAAUGAGAGAAAGACAUUACAAUUUCCUUUUUGUUUGUUUUUAUAUAUACAAAAAUAUUAAUUCCUUUUUUGAAAAUCUAAUUCAAUUUCUUGUCUUUUUUGUUUUUUAGUAUAUUAAACUAAGAACUUUCUAGUGAAAGAAUAUUAUCAUAAAACACCCCCCCCUCUCCAGGUUUGUGCGCGAUGAUAUAUUUAAAAACAUAUAUACAUAAAAUGUAAAUCUUAAGAUUUUUUUAAUUUAUUUUUUAUAUGUCAAUUCCAAUAUAAUGUAUUGUGUUUUUGUUUUCUUUGGAUAUAAAAUAAUAAAAGUAAUAAUUAAUAAUUUUGUUUUUUGGUUUUAAUUUUAAAAACCUAAUUAAUUCCCUUAAUAUCGACAUUUUUCUUAUUGUGUUAAGUUUUUCUUAAAACCACCAAAAAACACACCACCACUGAAUGAAAAGCCAAAUAUAAACCAGAAAUUAAAAAAACAAAAAAAGGCAAAACGCUCAAAAUUGAGGACUUCCAUUAAACAAAACAUAAUACAUUUUCUUCAAUGAAACAUUUUUAAAAAAAAAACAUUUUGCAAAAGUGACCCUUAUGGCAUAAAUAUUUAAAACAAAAAAGAGAAACAAAAAAUACACUAAACCUGACACAAAAGCAAUAGAUAAUAAAAAUUGGAAGAAAUAAUAAAUUUAUAUGAAAUUAUUUAUAAAAAUAAAAAUACAAAAUUUAAUACUUAAAUUUAGUAAAUUAAAACAAAAAUAAAAACGUUGUAUGUAAAUUUUGUUUGCAUUAAAAGUGUUACAUAGCAAAAACUUAAAAACAUGUUAAAUUAAAUGUCAUUUUCAAAAUAGGAUGCAAAAUAUUAUAUAAAUAAGUAUAUAUAUAUAUAAAAUAAAGGUACAUACAAAGUGAGUAUAAAAAUACAUAUAUAUAUAUAUUAAAUAAUUUAGAUAUUUAUUUUGCAAAAAGAAAAUAGAUAUCUACAUAUUUAUAAAUUAUAAUUUUUAAAUUACUAUUUGAAGCAAGGAAUUAUUAAUUAUUAAAGUCUUGUUUAUUUUGUUGGUUUAGCUGGAUGGUUGGUUUUUGGGAGGAUCAUGCAUCAUCAAUUCAAUUGUGAAGUGAUAUUUUGAAUAAUCAAAACUUUGUAGUUUGUUUGGAACAAGAAUCUAGAAACCACUUGAAAGUUAUUAUUCUCACAUUACUCAAGACGUGAAAAGGAAAGGCUUAUAUCACAAAUUUCAAUUCCCAAUUUGUGUGGUUUUAGAUGUGGAAACAAUAAAAAGAAACUUUUUAUCCAACAUUAAGUUGGUACUUAGUCAAGUUCUCAGGAAGGUGAACUAUAACACAAGUAUUUUUAUGUUGAGCAAAUUUUUGUUUGAGUUUUACAUUGUAGUUCAACCAAACCUAUUUGUAAAUUAAAACUACCUUAACUCUUUCAGCCACGGAUUUACAGAGACUGCUUUAUAAAAAUAAUACACGUAUUUUCUACUUAAUUAUAGUUUUAUUAUUUACAAAAAAACACAAAUUUGAAAAUUCAACAAACUGUUUUUGAGAUAUUAGGUGGUUAUGUUACUAACCUCCGUGGCGCUAAACCUUUUACAUAAAUAAACUUAAAUAAGAAUGAAAAAAAUAAUUUCAUUACAUACAAAGUAAAAAGAAAACAUUUUUUGUUUCGGGACUUUACAAGUGUUGCAUUUCCAUAAGGUACUUGAAGGUGGUGGUUGGCGCAAAUUGCUUUCCGUCUGUAAUUCGUUCGGACGGGAAGAUCCAGUGCCUGUUCAAAAAGUGGAAAAAAUUUGAUGCCACCAUUUGUGGGACUUCCUGUCAAUGGCAUAUGUACUUUUUAGUUGGUCAAAUUUAUCCACAUAGUUCAUGCAAUUAUUAUAUUGCAUCACGGCUUCAAGACAUGACACUUCAGUCAUGUCCCCAUUGCGUUCUUUACGACAUACAACACCUGUUUUUGUCGAGUCUAAAUAGUUGGUUAACACUAAAAUCAAUCUUUCAUCUCUCCAUUUUAUAGCUGCGACAUUUGUAUCGCUUACCCUAUAAUCUAAUUGGUCUCGUGUCAAUUUUUUUUCUUCUUUCUGUUUCGGCAGAUAUUUAAAAUUCGAAUGCACAGUUCCACACGCUAAUAUAUUGUCUUUCAGUAAGUCUACCUGUAGGGAUUAGCUUUUAAAAUAAUUAUCAAAGAAUACUCUAUUAUUCUUCGAUUCUUAAUUUUCGCCAAAUUUUGAACCACCUUGCCGCUGAGAUCAGUCUGAACUAUGUUUCCUACUUUAUCCAGACUCCGCACACUUCAUCCCAACCUUAUAUCCCCGCUUGAUUGGCUUUUUGGCAUAUACUGCUUUAAAAAGGUGCGCCCAUAGAAUUUGAACACACUUUCAUCAAUGACAAUGUUUUUUGAGGAGUAAAAGUUUUGAUCAAAAUUUCGUUUUAGAAUGUCUAACAUUGGCCUUAGGUACUUUAUAGAGUUCGCCAAAACUAGCAUUGUUUCUAUUAGGUAAACUCUAGUUGAAGGUUGAUAGGUAUGUCACCAAGCACCAUCAUAGCUGGAGGCCCAUCAUUGCACUCGUCGUCUAGGUCUAAACUACAAACACUUUCAUCAUCUGAUAGGAUAUCUUCUAGAAAAAAGUCAGCCAUAUCACCUUCAUUCGGAACACGGUAUUCUACAAAUGUAACAUAGUGUUUUUAUAAAUCAAUCAAAUAAACACUACAUUACAAAAAAAAAAACAAUAAAAUCAUAACACCAGAAGCACUCUUACGUUUUUAAAGGAUUUUCAGAACUUAACAUUGACAAAAAUGACACUGAACGUGUUUUGUAAAAAUCUUAUAGCUCAUCUGCUGCGUUUCGUUUGCAGAGAUUCCGCAUCGUACAAGGAAAA